AUGAGCAACACAUCAACAACCAACCUCGCCACACCAUCAUCAACAAGAUAUCAAUCUUUUGCAGAAUUUUAUCCAUUCUAUCUUUCACAACAUUCCAAUCCAAUUUGUAGAAUUUUACACGUUGUAGGAACAUUUAGUGCUGCAUCAACUGGUGGUUAUUUAUUAUAUAAAAAGAAAUAUCAAUUGGCUCUUCCUUCCAUGUUGUUGAUUGGAUAUGGUUUAGCUUGGAUUGGUCAUUUCUUCUUUGAAAAGAAUAGACCUGCAACAUUUACAUAUCCACUUUGGAGUUUUAUGGGUGAUUGGAAAAUGAUGUUUGAGGUUUUGACAUUCCAAAGAGGUUUAAAGGAUUAA